AGAGGAAAGCAAGUCACUGAACAAUAACUCUGAAUUUGAAAAAAAGAAGAAAGAAAAGUCAAGAGAAAAUCAGCAAAUCAACAUUUUGCAAAAUCAUAAGUUAUAUUUUAUACUUUAAGAAAUUUUAUUAAUAGAAUAAGUGAAAAAAAUAUUAUAAUUAUUAAUUUUAUAAAUUAAAAAAACAACAACUACAACAGUUACGUUAAGUGCUUCUUACCGCUAAGCCAUGGAAGACGGUCAUGCUAAAACCGUCGAACAAGUAUUACAACACUUUGGUACAGAUGGAGAACGAGGUCUUACUCUUGACCAAGUAAAAGAUAACCAGAAGAAAUAUGGCCCAAAUGAGUUGCCUACUGAAGAAGGCAAAUCUAUUUGGCAGUUGGUAUUAGAACAAUUCGAUGACUUGUUGGUUAAGAUUUUGCUUUUGGCUGCUAUCAUUUCAUUUGUUUUAGCACUUUUUGAAGAACAUGAAGAUACGUUCACUGCAUUUGUAGAACCUUUAGUAAUUUUACUUAUUUUAAUAGCCAACGCUGUUGUCGGUGUUUGGCAAGAAAGAAAUGCUGAAUCUGCUAUUGAAGCCCUUAAGGAAUAUGAGCCUGAAAUGGGAAAAGUUGUCCGUCAGGACAAAUCAGGUAUUCAAAAAAUAAGAGCGAAGGAAAUCGUACCCGGUGAUAUUGUCGAGGUGUCUGUGGGUGAUAAGAUCCCAGCUGACAUUAGAAUUACACACAUCUACUCGACCACCUUGCGUAUCGAUCAGUCCAUCUUGACUGGUGAAUCGGUGUCUGUUAUUAAGCACACAGAUCCCAUUCCCGAUCCACGCGCUGUCAAUCAAGACAAAAAGAACAUCUUGUUCUCUGGCACCAAUGUUGCCGCAGGUAAGGCUCGUGGUGUUGUAAUCGGCACUGGCCUCAACACUGCCAUCGGUAAGAUUAGAACCGAAAUGUCCGAGACUGAGGAAAUCAAGACCCCCUUGCAACAGAAAUUGGAUGAAUUCGGUGAACAAUUGUCCAAGGUCAUCUCCAUCAUUUGCGUUGCCGUAUGGGCCAUCAACAUUGGUCACUUCAACGAUCCCGCCCACGGUGGUUCCUGGAUUAAGGGUGCCAUCUACUACUUCAAGAUUGCCGUCGCUUUGGCUGUAGCUGCCAUCCCUGAAGGUUUGCCAGCUGUCAUCACCACCUGUUUGGCUUUGGGUACCCGUCGUAUGGCCAAGAAGAACGCUAUUGUCCGUUCCCUCCCCUCUGUUGAAACUUUGGGUUGCACAUCUGUCAUCUGCUCAGAUAAGACUGGUACCUUGACCACCAAUCAAAUGUCCGUCUCUCGCAUGUUUGUCUUCGACAAGGUUGAAGGUAACGACAGCAGCUUCUUGGAAUUCGAAUUGACUGGUUCCACCUACGAACCCAUUGGUGAACUCUUCCUUAACGGCCAACGCGUCAAGGCCUCUGAAUACGAUGCAUUGCAAGAAAUGGCCACCAUCUGCAUUAUGUGCAACGACUCCGCCAUCGAUUACAAUGAAUUCAAACAAUGCUUCGAAAAGGUUGGUGAAGCUACCGAAACUGCCCUUAUUGUUUUGGCUGAAAAAAUGAACCCCUUCAGUGUCAACAAAGCUGGUUUGGAUCGUCGUUCUGCUGCCAUUGCUGUCCGUCAAGAAAUUGAAACCAAGUGGAAGAAGGAAUUCACUUUGGAAUUCUCUCGCGAUCGUAAAUCCAUGUCUUCAUACUGUGUACCCCUUAAGCCUUCUCGUCUUGGAACUGGUCCUAAAUUGUUUGUCAAGGGUGCUCCCGAAGGUGUUUUGGAACGUUGCACACACGCUCGCGUCGGUACCUCCAAGGUUCCUCUUACUAGCGCUUUGAAAUCCAAGAUCCUCGCCUUGACUGGUCAAUACGGUACUGGCAGAGAUACUUUGCGUUGUUUGGCUUUGGCUGUUGCUGAUAGCCCAAUGCGUCCCGAUGAAAUGGACUUGGGUGAUUCCACUAAAUUCUACCAAUAUGAAGUUAACCUUACCUUUGUCGGUGUCGUCGGUAUGUUGGAUCCCCCACGUAAGGAAGUUUUCGACUCCAUUGUACGCUGCCGUGCUGCUGGUAUCCGCGUCAUUGUCAUCACUGGUGACAACAAGGCCACCGCUGAAGCUAUUUGCCGUCGUAUCGGUGUGUUCGGUGAAGAUGAAGACACUACUGGCAAAUCCUACUCUGGUCGUGAAUUCGACGAUUUGUCCCCUGCUGAACAAAAGGCUGCCUGCGCUCGUUCUCGCUUGUUCUCUCGCGUAGAACCCCAACACAAGUCAAAGAUUGUUGAAUACUUGCAAAGCAUGAAUGAAAUCUCCGCUAUGACUGGUGAUGGUGUCAAUGACGCUCCUGCCUUGAAGAAGGCCGAAAUUGGUAUUGCUAUGGGUUCUGGUACUGCUGUCGCUAAGUCCGCCGCUGAGAUGGUGUUGGCUGACGAUAACUUCUCUUCCAUUGUAUCUGCUGUUGAAGAAGGUCGUGCCAUCUACAACAACAUGAAACAGUUCAUCCGUUAUUUGAUCUCAUCCAACAUUGGUGAAGUCGUAUCCAUUUUCUUGACUGCUGCUCUUGGUCUUCCCGAAGCCUUGAUUCCCGUACAAUUGUUGUGGGUUAACUUGGUUACUGAUGGUCUUCCAGCUACUGCCCUCGGUUUCAAUCCCCCUGAUUUGGAUAUCAUGGAAAAACCACCCCGUAAGGCUGAUGAAGGUUUGAUUUCUGGAUGGUUGUUCUUCCGUUAUAUGGCUAUUGGUGGUUAUGUAGGCGCUGCUACUGUCGGUUCCGCUGCCUGGUGGUUCUUGUUCGCCGAAUCUGGUCCUCAUCUAACCUACUGGCAACUUACUCAUCACUUGUCCUGCUUGGGUGGUGGUGAUGACUUCAAGGGUGUUGACUGCAAGAUCUUCAGCGAUCCCCAUGCCAUGACAAUGGCUCUUUCCGUAUUGGUCACCAUUGAAAUGUUGAACGCCAUGAACAGUUUGUCUGAAAAUCAAUCUUUGAUUUCCAUGCCUCCAUGGUCCAACAUGUGGUUGAUUGGCUCAAUGGCCUUGUCAUUCUCAUUGCACUUUGUCAUCCUCCAUGUGGAAGUACUUUCUACCGUGUUCCAAGUGACACCUUUGGGCACUGAUGAAUGGAUAACUGUGAUGAAAUUCUCAAUUCCCGUAGUUUUAUUAGAUGAAACACUUAAAUUUGUUGCUAGAAAGAUCGCUGACGUUCCUGAAGUUGUCGUUGACAAGUGGUGAUCUAGAUCUGUUCAACGUAUCAGCGUGUAUUAAUCCACAAAUUUAAACUUUUAAGUGAAUCUACUACAACUACUUACUACUUCUACUUCCUACAAUAAAAAAUAACAAAAAAAAAAAUAAACAUAAAACAGUUUUGUUGUAUAACUUAGAUGAUCCGCACACCAGUUUACAAACCCUAAGGAAUAAAGAAUUUACAAAAUAAAUUUAAAAAAAAA